CGCUUCACUGCUGCUUGCACCUGUGCUCAUUCUGAUGCUGCCUGCAAUGGCCCUGAUGCUGCAGGCAGCCCCUAUGUUCCUCCUGCUGGUCUCUUCUCCAGGUAUCCAUUCCUCUCCAUCUCAGCACCUGUGUGGCUCCAGCCUGGUGGAUGCUCUCUAUGUCGUUUGUGGUGCAAGAGGCUUCUUUUAUGCCCACAGAGGGGAGAGGGACCUUGAGGCGUUGCUGGCUGUCCUCUCAAAGACUUCUGGUCAUGAGAACAUGGUGGAGGGCAUCCCUACGAAGAAGCUGGAACUAAAAGUGAAGAGAGGGAUUGUGGACCAGUGCUGCCACAGGCCCUGCACCUUAUCCCACCUGCAAAACUACUGUAACUGAGCCAGCUGCUCAAGAGCAACACCCAGACUACCA